CGAUCUGUACCGUCGUAUUACGGAACGCACGCCGUACUUUCACGUGUCAAAAACGUCUCCUGUGAUUGGCCUGCACUUGUUCAUUCCUGCCUCUGAUUGGCUGAGGACCAUAGCAACGAAGCCGCCAUGUUUAGCACAAGUCGAAGAGAAACGCAGCUUGUUAACAGACUCCAAUUCUCCGCAAAGGUUCCACACAACAUGGAGAAUGGAGCCUGCUCAGCUGCAGCGGCCGCCGGGAUCAUGUCGGAGUGUUUCCGCGACUCCUAAAGGUUGUUGACAGCAGUUUGUGAGGCUCAGGCCGUCGUGGAUCUUUGGAAAUCAUGGAGAAAGUGUACGAGGUGGAAAGCUGCUACAACCCAACGGAGGUGACCACCCCGAAAAAGAGGAAAAGCAAAGCUCAGGAAGACAAUGUUGAAAAAGCCAAGAAGCCCAGGUCUGCCUACCUGCUCUACUACUUUGAUGUUCACCAGCUUAUGCAACAGGAAGUACCUAAUCUGCCACAGUCGGAGAUCAACAAGCGAAUCAGCGAGAGUUGGAAAAGACUCAGUGUGGCUGAAAAAGCCUAUUACCUGGAGAAGGCCAAGACUGAGAAGGAAGGGCUGGAUACAUCCUCACUCAGCUCCUCAAAAGACCUGCCAGGAUUCCGCAAGAUCCUCCCCAGAGCCAGCUACUUCCUCUUGUCCAAAGGCUGCUCCUCCAAUCAGCAUCUUGGAGGUUCUCAGUCGGAAGGGACCCUGGAAUCUCUGGAACCUCCACCUGAAGGAGGCUUGUCCUCUGUCUCCUUCACCCAAGAGCCCCAGUUAACAACUCUAGGUCUGGCUGGCGAGGUGGAACUUUCUGAGCUGCCCAUUGCUGUUGAUAACAUAGCAGAGGAAUCAGCAACGGUGUCUUGCCCCACAGCCCAACAAGGACUCCCACCUUCCUCCCCUUCCUCCGCAGAAGCCCAGGGCUCCGCUGACCUAACGGCAAAUGGGGUCACACUGAAAGGAAAUGAGACAAGAGCUGCUGGUAGUGGUUAUGGCUGGGCCAUGGUGCAACAACUACAGGGGGAGAAUACGCAGGUGGUUGCCAUUAUACCCUCCCAGAAUCUACUGGAGCCCAAGGCAGGUGUCGGGUCUGUGAUGAUGGUCUCUGUAGGAGCCAAAGUGGAACAAAGUGACAAACCUUCAUAUAAAAUGUCUGUGAAGACAUACACCAGGAGAGGUCGAGGGAGGUGUCUGAAUCCGGGAUGUUCAUUUGUGUACGUCACCCGCCACAAGCCACCAACAUGCCCUGAAUGUGGGAGCAGCUUAGGUGGAAAAUGGAUACCUGCAGCAAAGAAGAAACAAGAGAAAGAAGCAGCAUCAAAGCAGUUUCCCCAGAAAGCUGAAGCCAAGCCUGGUGAAGGCUGUCAACCCACACAGCUCGCUGCUCAGGACGGGAAUGCUGACGUCAGUAACACAAACGCCGGUGGGGGCAAACAAGAGGGAAGAGUUCACGGUUGCUCCAGAAAGCAGCACGCAGUUCUCAGUGGAAAGCCACCAGAGGGCAGCAGCACCAAGUCACAGGAACAACCGAAUAGACCACUGGAUGACAGCCCAAAAGAGGCUAUAGUCCAAGUUCAAGACAGAAGCGCAGCCACUGUUCCAAAGAGGCCUGUGAGACCCAUCCUCCCAGCCUAUUACAACACAGGACGAGCUUUGUUUCAGAUCCUUACUGUACCACCUGAAAAGAGAAAACACCAGACUGCAAACAACAACAAAUCCUCACCUGCUCCCAGAGAGAGUUUCUCAGGUCUCAAACCCAGCACUUUGAAGCAACUCGGCCAGACAGUUCCCAAAACCACAGCCAAGCAGGAUUCUCCUGACUCAGCAGAUGGACGACAGCCGGUUUCCACUCUGACUGACGGGAGGGUGAACAUUGUGUCAGUCGUGCCGUUCAAACAGCACACUGUCUCCAGCUUUGACCUGGGACUGUCCACGGCGCGAGGCAGGGGGCGCUGUAAAAACCCCUCCUGUGACUACAUGUACAAGAACAGACACAAACCUGCAACGUGCCCUAAAUGUGGCUGUGAGCUGACCCAGAAGAACACCAAGGGAGCGAAGUCUGGAACUCUUCUGGAUCCAUACCAGGCCCUGAAUCCUGCCCAGAGGGACAUGCAGAGGCAAAACACACUGCAGCUCCUGCGCCGCUCCCUGCAGAUUCCUGAAAGUGACUCAGAGCUACAGGAAACAUUAAACCUCAUCCAGGAGCUCAACAGUCUCCAGAUCAUCUUGGUUCAACCGUCUCAUCAGGAACACGAAGACGGCGUCGGAACGGAGACACUGGUGGAGACUGGGUGGCCUCAGUUCUAUGAAUCAGCGGCUACUCACUGUGGCCUGUGUAACUACCCUCUGUUCAAAGGAGGUCAGAGUACUGUAGCGGGACAGGAGGACUGUUGGCUGCUGACUGAGACACUGAUGCAGACGGCUUCUCUCCAGCUCAAGGUGUGUCUGAACGUUCAGUGUCUGGCUCUGCACAGCUUCACUGACCUGCAUCCAGGUUUGUUCAACAUUGGGAACAAAGUCCUGGUGAGCAUCGACCUGUUCCUGAAGAUGAGGGCAAAUAUCAAACUGGGCCACGCCCCCUCUCAGGCAGCCAGGACUUUACUAGACCACUUCCCCAAUCACCCUGUCCAUGCACUGAGUCCAGAGGAGUCAUCUCAAAUCCAAGAGCUUCUCCUGAGCGGCUACUGGGCCUUUGAGUGUCUGACGGUGCGAGAUUACAAUGAUAUGAUCUGCGGCAUUUGUGGUGUGGCUCCCAAGCUGGAGAUCGCACAACGACAAAGGAACAAUGUGCUGGAGCUAAAGAAUGUGGAGUUUACCUGGCCAGAGUACUCAGUCGCCGAUGAGGUGCACAUAGAUGACUUCUGGCUGACGAUGGAGAGCGAGGCUAUUGAGCAGGCGGCUUUUCCAACCGACAUCCCGAUCACACGUGUGGACGCCUCCAUCAUCGCCCCCUUCAUCCCCCCCCUGAUGAGGAGUCCCGCUGUCAUCAACACAGAGAAAGACAAGGCCUCGUCACACACGCCCGAGCCCUCAGGAGAUCCAUCAGUUUUGGUGCGUCUCAUUCAUGACGGUCAGCUGCAACUCGACAAGAUUGAGGAACACAACGAGGACGAGCUGAGAACAAUACUGAGUGGCUGCGGGGCGAGCUCCACCCCAGGCUCCACCAAGAAUGAGCUGCUGGCGUCUCUGGUCUCCUUGUACACACUUGUUCAUAGUGGUCUCUCCACCGCCCCUCAGCCCCCUCCACACCUCACCGCGGGCAAGCUGUCGAAGGUCUGCCCCCACAAGGUAGUGUCCGGCUCUAAGUACUUGGUGAGAGGAGAGACGGCUCGAGAUCACGUGGACCUGCUGCUCUCCUCCCGCUACUGGCCCCCGGUCUACGUUAGUGACUGUGCCCGCCAGGUGGCGCUCUGUACAGACAUGCAGUAUCCAGAACUGGCAACACAGAUGUGGGGCAGGAACCAAGGCUGCUUCUGUGACCCCUUUGAAAAGCCAGAGUUUGUGUCAUGUGCUGAGCUGCAGGAUCAGCCCUAUAGUGCUGACCUGUCCUUGGUCGCGGAGAACCAGCAGGUCCACCCCAUCACCAAAUCUUCUUCUUGCUGGCUGGUCCACCCUCCUGCAGCAGAGCAGCCCACAGAGCAGCCUACAGAGCAGCCCACAGAGCAGCCCACAGAGCAGCCCACAGAGCAGCCCACAGAGCCUCCUUCUCCAGAGCACCACUCCAUGUCCCUCUGCAGAGACCUGGAGCCGUAUGUCAGCCUGGUGGCUGAGCUGGAGAAAGAGGAGGAGGAGGAGGAGGAUGAAGAGGCGGAAGAGAAGGAACACACAGAGAAAUUGGACAAAGACUCGACAGAGAAAUCCGAGAACUGCUCCUCGUCAAGCUGUGCGCGGUGGCCACCGGUGGUGUUCAGCAACACAGCCUAUUACUACCUGUACAACCGUCUGGUAGAUUUCCUCACCAGCAGGGACAUCGUGAGCCAGCAGAUCAACCAGGUGGUGAAGGCCUGUCAGCCGGGAGAGGUGGUGAUCAGGGAUGCACUCUACCGACUGGGAGUGGCACAGAUCAAUACGGAGAAAGAACACGAAGAAGAAGAAGAAGAAAGAUCUGGAACUGAAGCGCAGACACAAGAGGAAGGGACAGAGAUACAUGAGGUUGUUGUGCCUGAAUAAAAAUGUUGAGGAUGUAUCAACAGAGCAGGGGGAGAGAUGGACUGAAUGUCAAGUUGGCUGCAUGUGAAAGAGUUGACAGUUUGAACACUUGAUGAUAAACUGCAUCAGUGGUGUUUGCUGUGAAGAUUAAUAGUGGAGAGUGAAUGUACUAAAAAAGAAAUAGAUAAACAUAAAAAUACUCUCAGCUCACAGUAAGAAGGUUCCUGGUCCAAAUCCCGGCUGAGGUCUUUCUGUGUGGCGUUGGCAUGUUCUCCCAGUGACUCUGUGGGGUUUCUCCUGCUUCCUCCCACAGUCCAAACACACACAGAUCAGUGGGAAUGAGUGGUUGUUUGUCUGUGUGUGUUGGACGAUACGCUGACGACCUGUCCAGGCUGUACCCCACCUCUCGCCUAAUGUCAGCUGGGAUUGUCAGCUCCCCCCCACGACCCUCAAAGUCUUAGCAGUUCUAUAAAUGGAGGGACACUCGAAGGACAGUGAGACGCAUGUUUCUGGAUUCAUCUGCAGGAUGGUACCCAGGGUUAAAUGAAGUGAAAGUGUAUGUAUCGGUUAUUUAAGUUUAAGUCCUGCUUUUCUGUGACUGUGAAGAUUUAAACAGGAUUUUAAUUUAAAGUUGAGUCUAAAUGUAAAUAUUUAAUCCGGAGCAGUGUCUUGUAUUUAAUUUAAUAUUAUAGUCCAGAGACAUUUCUGCUUUGUGCUUCACACUCUGACCUCUCACCUGCCACUUGUUGCCUUUGUGAGCGAUGUUUGCUUUUUAAAGGUUUGAUUAACUAUCUGUGUAUCUGUUUAUUUAAUACCAUAAUAUGACGAUGGACCUCGUGGCCUUUUGCUUUAGUUGGGUUCAUCUUGUCUUUGUAGAUCCAUUCAAGGACACAUGCAGUUAUCUUCACAUGGAGAAUAAUCUGAGGACGUGUAGUGGACCUGCCAUCGUCAAGUGCUUUGAUGAUUUAUCUACCGAAUGGAUCAUUUACUGAAGCUUCAGGUGUUCAAUAGAGACACGUCUGGCUUCAAGGAAACCACCGCACAACCGUUUGUGUGGAUAAAUGGCUGCACCAGUGAAAUCCUGUAAGUGAAAGCUGCUGAUGCUACAAAUAAAGAAAAUGAAUGGAGUCCAAUCUUAUUUAAUAUAAACCAUUGUCUGAUUUACUGUUAGUUGCACAUGAAGCUUCUAGGAGCAUUUGAUAAUAUAAAGGGAAAUACACUUUUAUAACUGGUCAGAGGUGGUGGCAGGACGCACGCACACACACAAUCCCAUGUGGGCUAGAAGCCUAGCAGCAGUGAGUGGGUUUCUUACUCGUAUCUUCAUCAAAGCUAGCCGCCAGAAUCACUAUAAUUCCUGCAUCAGUCGCGUGAUGAGAGGCUUCAAAAGUCCCACAUGUCAUGGUCGUCUCGAGCGGCGCAGAGUGGGAAAAGCUCCAGAUUGUGGAAAGAGGAGAUCAGGAAGCUUCUCUCGGCCUCUGAUGUUAACUUGAGGCAGAGAAACCUCUGACACGUACAAAGUGUUUUCUAAAUUGGCGGAGACGCUUUCACUUCUCUCCAUUUUAUGGAAAAUGCUUCUGUUGAAUCAAAUAGAAACUGUUGCAUCAAUAAUUACCAUUAUUACCAUAUAUUUCAUGAUCUUAAGUUUCUUUUAUAAGGACAAUAUUCAAAGCACCAAACUGCUUCUAAUUGCAAAGUCAUCAGGAUUGUGGAUUAACAGACUGGCUGGUGGAUAUUUAUCACAAUAUAAAUCAUAUUAUUAAUUCUAAGUUUAAAGACUGACUUCUGCUCCUGAGUGAAGGUUUUGGUUUAAACUGUUCUUUAUGAGCAGAGACAGACAAACGCUUGAUAAGCAGCAAAACAUUUUCAAAACCUGAACUAGAUCAGUCAUUUGUUUGCUCAAUGCAUAAGAAUUGUAUCACCUUAUUAUGGAUUUUUGUAAUAUUGCUAUUGAUGACAAUUAUAUUGAUUGAUAAUCGUUGCCUCCGUCAAGGAGAUUAUGUUUUUUUUUUGCGUUAUUAGCAGGAAUUUGUGGAGGGGUGCGGCAUGACCCAAGGUUGAACUCGAAAAAAACUUUAGAGUGGAUCUGGAAUUUUGUAUUCACUUUAUUUAACGUUGUGAGAAAAGGGGUUUCUCAACAUUUUCUUUGAUCUCUUUGAUCUGAUGAAAACAGACAUGUUU